AUUAGUUAGUUUGUAAGUUCGGUCGGUCGACUAUUAACGUGCCCGGGUGUUUCGCGGCGAGGCCCCAGAAUUCCCCGUGGUUUUCGAUCCGUCCCAACUUUCGACCGCGGUUUCGUUUCUGUGAACGUCUCGCUUUUCGAAAAGUCCUUUGCGUCCCGCUCCCGGAGUUUGUGUUGAGUUUCCCAGCGGAAAAAUCUCGCCGAAAUGUCCGUCCGAAAGUUCGUUGUCUCGCUCUGUGCUCGUUGUUUGUGCGUCGUCACCGAAGAGAUAAGUGUCGGAUGUGUUAGUUGUGGUGUUUAAUUUUCUCCCUCGGAUUUUCACCUCAGAGGGCGGGAGGUGAAGAUGCUGUGGAGGUAUCGGCUGGUCACUUGAGCCGCGUCCCAGGCUGACGCAGCCAUGGUGCGCCACGGAGAAUGUAUGUCAUUUUCCCGGCCGAAGACUUAGUGGAACUAACUUUAACUAGGCCUCCGGUAUACCUCUCUCCGACCGCAGCUCAGCAGCGAGGAGCUGAAGCGGCGUCUCCGAAGCCCCUCCCCCGUCCGCCGCCGGCGAGCAAAGCCGAGAAAUCGCGCUCCGUCGAGAAAGCCCGAGCGGGCAAGAAAGUUAAAGUGAAAAAAUCCAAGUGGGAUAAGGACAACGAGGAGGAGGACUCCGCGAAGAUGGCAACAGGUUCGGGCGAGGGAUCCCUCCGCGAUCUGUCCCAUCCAUCACUGAACGAGCCGCUUCGGGCUCACAACGCUGCCACCUUCAAGCUAGUUAGAACAGUUUCCGAUUUCACGCAAGAACUGUCCAAAAUGUACGAGCAGCACGCCGAGGAGUUACAGCAUCUCGUCGCAAACUUCAGGAAGAAAAACGCUGAGCUCAGAAAAGAAAGGCCGGCAUGUCCGAGCUCCUUGGUGCACACAUGGGAGAGCCUCCUGCAGGAGGUGGAGGUGGACUCGCAGGCUCACAGCGACGUGGCCUCCGUUCUCGGGCGCCAGGUCUCCCGCCCCCUCCUCGAGCGCUCCUUUCACCGCAAAGUACAAUCUAGAAAAGUUUUCGCUCAUCGUGAAACUUUAGAACUUAUGAUCAACAAAGCAGAAGAUAAAUUAGCCAAGGCACGUCAGGACUACAAAAACGCAUACUUGGCUCAUUUAUCUUCGCCAUCUUCAUCUGUUACCUUAACUGCGUACCUGGAUGCCCAUAACCAUUAUGUUAGUACACUCCAUGCAACGAACGGGAUGAUCGAAAAGUAUAGCCACGAAACAUUGCCACAGCUGUUACAGGAAUUAGAAGACGUCUAUUCAGAUCUGUGUAGCACACUGUCGGAUUCAGUUUUACAGGGUGCUGAAGUCAUUUCUGCAAGAGCAAUCGAGCAGUCUAGAAGAUACGAGACUCUAAGCGCGCAAUGUCGAUCUGUUCUGCCCUCCAACGAUCUGGCUCAUUUCGUUCGGUCUCUCUCCCCGCUGCCAACCCACCCCCACCCCACGCAUCGAUUAAGACUGUUCAAUCCUCCCCAACCCCCUAAUCAAGAACCGCCGGACGGUGCCCAACCCGAUAUUUUUCUUAAUCACGAAAAUUUACCUCCUUCUUUAAGAAAUGAAUUAGUUAUAGAUCGAUCGGCAAGUUUAGACAUUAGAACAAAGUACGAUUCACUGAGGGUAGAAGAAGCUGAUCUAAUGGCUCAAAUUUCCAAAUUGCAAGAUAGCUUAGACACGCUCUGUCGGAUUCAACAAAGGAGCGUGGAAUCAUCUUUAUUUAAUAAGGCGAAUGAAAUACAAGAAGAUAUUAGUGUAAAAAAGUUAGAUCUCCGGACUGCUCAGAUUCAUUUAGCAGCAGUUAGAGCACAGAAAGAUCUGUUUGCAACGAAAUUCGAGAACAAUGAGGGGAACACGCGUAAAAUGUCUUCUGCUUCCACUGGAAGUAUGAAGUCAAAAUGGAUCAAAGCCUUUAAAAUACUGAAAGCUCCAAGCGGGCCUUCCAACGGUUCGUCAAACAAAGAGUCUGAAAGAAAACACCAAAUGUAUCACGCCGUGUCCACGAUCAUCGCAAUGAGGAAGAGCGCCAGGGAUGGCGGAGGCGGAAUUAACAGCCUUGAAACAGCUCAUCAGUUCCAAGAAUAUACGUAUAAGAAAAUUACACCCUGCGAUGUCUGUUCGCAAGUAUUGCGAGGACAUACGCGGCAAGGGCUCAAGUGUAGACUGUGUAAAAUGAACGUCCAUUUAGACUGCCAAGAUAAAGCUACUUCUAAGUGUAAUUCUAAGUCUCGACUCCUGAGGAGACAGAAAUCAACGUCAGAAAUUGAGACAAGGAUAUCUGCAACCCAGGAAGAAGAAGGAAGAAGCAUAUCUAACGCAAGCGGGAACGCAAGUCCAAGUAACUUAAGCAUAUCCAGGAAAAAUUUAGACCAAAAGAUUUACUCUAGGCAGAACAGUCCCAAGCUACUAGGUGUUGUUCCAGAGCGGGCGACGGAGUGUCCGGACGCAAGUGGCGGCGGCGGCGGCGGGCCGGCCAGCGGCCAAGUGGACGACGUCUACCAAGUGCUGAAGCAGGCGGGGGAGAUCUCAGGGACGGGCGCAGGGGCCGGCCUGGGGCCCGGGCGCCCCAUCCCCCCCAGGAGCCCGGCCACCGGCGGCGACCUCUCCUCCCUGAAACGGACCAACCAACCCCCCUCCCUCCUCCGUGGACCCUCCUCGCUCAGUGUCGUCGCUCCGCCCAUCGCCUCCAGCUCAGAUUAUGGCGUAGCGUCCCCGCUGCCGGCUGCUGAAGCCGUCCGACGGAGGCGUCUAUUCGGCGGGAUCCGGAGUCUGUCCAUGUUCGGCGCAAGAUCUCAAGGCCGCUCCAUCUCCCUGCCUGAAAAACAAUUGCAGUACGCUUCGGGAACUCGGCCGUUCGGUCAACCCUUGGUUCUCGGUGGCGGAGAGAUAAUUCAAGAGAACGAAAUCGCAGUGGAUCCCAGACAUAACAGAUCUUCUGGUGGUGGCACAUCAAGGAGGUCCUGAUUGGUUCGCCGGCUAAAAUUUCCGCUGAGUUUAUUCUCCUCCGGGAGUUGAAUUGGAUCACAUUUUGCAUUAAGAAACCACUAUUUCUGACCCAUUUUAAAAACAACAUAUGUGCCAUUGGUUUCCCAAUGCAGAGAGGUGUUUCCAUGGAAGAGCCAGGGAUCGUGGUUUCUUAUUGCAAAAUGUAAUCCAAUUUGCACCGGAAGUAAGCAAACAUCGAGAAUAAAACGAAUGGAACAGAUCACAAAUACAAUUUUUGGCAAAAGACACUUCCAUUGUGCUUAUUUCACAGUAUAAAAAGUACCGAAAUUUUGUGUUAAUAUGAGAAAUAGGCUUUCUUUGAGUAAAAUUGACCAAAGUUUUGUGUCAAAAAUUUGCAACUUCGUUUAAAAUUAAGCACGAAAUACCAGGAUCGAACCUGGGUCGUAUUAGUGAUGCAUUAGGUGAUACAUUACGUCCUUCGUAUUACAUAAGAGAUUUUUGUAACAAAUUGCGGAACUGCGCUUCUUGGUGCAAUGGAUCCUUUCCUGCCACAAAUGUAUUGUGAAACCAGUGUUUUAGCAAAAAAGUGUUGCAGUGUUCGAACUCUCGAUGUUUGCUCACCCUCGCUAUAGAUUCGCCUUGACCACAGCCCUACGUUAUCCAUUCAAAUAUCGAAUAGGUCCACUCAUUACGAGUGCAGAUCAUUUCCGUGACUUUAUCGUCGCUUUUAAUUUGGACAGGCAUCGGUCUCUCGAAUGGAAUUCAGACAUUGGCCAUGACCUCUCUCAAUUCUACUAAAGGAAAUAAAUCGACUUGUACCGCAUAUCGAUGCCUGAUUGUAACUUAGGCCUGAAGUUGUCCGUAAUGAAUACAUCUCUACUUAAGUUUCAUAUGCACAUGAAGAGAUGAGCCUUGCUUUGAGGCCCUUCCAUUUAGUUUGAAAAAGGAUCAACCAAUCGAAUUCUUAUCAUUUACAAUUUUUCCCGCGGUUAUUUUACCUUUCGACGGGGGGAGAGGGGAGGGACUAAAACUUCCUGAAUUAAUUUUUGAGGCGAAUGUUUACUCCGAAAAUAAUUCUUCCUCGUCUUAUUUUGUUUUCACUCCUAUCAAUUUUCUCUUUCUUGAGAACUUUCAUUCACAUGUAUCUUAAAUGCGAUGUGUUUGUAAAAUGUCUCUCGAAAAUUCACUGCCGCAAAAACCGCAAUAGGUAUUGAAUUGAACAUAAAAUUAUUAGCUCCUCGUGAAAUAUUUCAUUCUAAAUUUUUUAACUCUGCCUUUUCGUCUGUUUUAUGGCACUGUUUUUUCUAUAAUGUGAGAUUUCAAUGUGUUUCGUCCGCGCAUUAUUGUUACGAAUGAGCGAGGAUUAGAGACAUUAGACCUACUUUAUUACCUGAAGCUAAUUAUUUUUUUGUGGGGCACUUUCACGUCAGCUCCUCGCUGGAUUCCAGGUGGUGAUGUGUUAUGACUCAACGUGAUGGAAAAUAUUUACAAAGACAAAUAGCGAAUAUUUAUGAACCUAUUCAAGACCUUUUGCUGUUGGUCCUUUUUGGGUUUCAUUUAAUGUAAAGACUGUCCAAUGAAGUAAGCAAACUGUGAUACUAAAUACUAAUGUGAAAAAUGUAUACUGUAAAGGACAAACCUGUUACUACAAACAAUUUACUUCUGCAGGGUUUCUUGUGAGUUUAGCAAGAUUUACGUUUUUCGACAUUUUCUUCUUAGUAUUUUAUCCGAAGCAAAAAAGGGGGAAAAAUAUGUAUAUCAAUAUUAAACAGUCCCGGUUUUCAAAUUUUGCACAACUCAUAGACUCAUUCACAAAAAAGACUAGACUAAAUUUGCUCACACAUGUAUGUUCAACACCAUAAUAAAUGUUUGUGUCGUUGUUUUAAGUGAAAAAUAGAAUCCAUUAUUUUUAUAAUA